AUGACAUUGUUGGUGGCCAUCUCUGCCUUGUGGAUUGGUCUCUUACAGACAUCAAUUAUCCCACGUAGUCAUACUUGGUUGCUACCAAUAUAUUUCAUUGUGUCUCUAGGAUGCUAUGGGCUCCUAAUGGUUGGAGUUGGUCUGAUGCAAUUUCCAACUUGUCCUCAAGAAGCAAUAUUGUUGCAGCAGGAUGUAGCUGAGGCCAAGGAGUUUUUGAAGCAGAAAGGGGUCGAUAAUCCAUUGAACUCCGUGCAUUCUAGCAGUGGUAUGGUGGAAGACUUCAUAACAGUUCAUUGCUUCCACCUGACGGGAAAAUUGGGAAGGUUUUACUAG